AUGGAAGGCGUGAGACACGCUCAGCAACAGCAUCCGCCAGGAUGGGCAGGAGGUGACGAAUGGGAGGAGCAUCGAGGGAGAAUCCAGGAGCUGUACCAGGGUCAGAAUCUGUCGUUGAAGGAGGUGAUGAGGAUUAUGGAAGAGCGUCAUGAAUUUCGGGCGACACAACGGAUGUACAAGACGCGAAUUAAAGCCUGGGGACUGGAUAAGAACUUCAAGGAGUCCGAAGUUGUUGAGCUCUUUCGGUUGAGACGGGAGAGGGAGAAGCUCGGGAAGCCAACAACCUACAGGAUACGCGGCCGCGAAAUUGACUGGGACCGAGUCAAUAGCUACGUCAAACGGAAAGGGCUGGACAUUGCCCGGUUGCUCGAGGCCGACCGGUCCCACAGUCCGACCGUAGCAAGGGAGAUAACCUGUCGGACUCCGUCUCCCAUGUCAGAACAUCAUCAAAAUUACCACCACGAGCCAUCAGCCAGCACUCCGUCAUUAUCGUCAUCAGCCGGUUCGGAUCACUACACGCACAAUGCGCCGCCAUUCACAAGACCGAUGACGGCUUCAUCAACCUCCAUCGUGGCCGGAAUUGAUCCUCAAACUAACAGCUCAACACCGUAUCCCGGAUAUACCCAGCCUUAUUCUCCCGCACAACCCCUUCGGCCACCGCCAGUCAACCUAGGUCAUCACUCCACAACUCUGCCCUCCCUCGGACACUCCGUCACCAUCCACUCCUUCCAAAAGUUUCUGACUCGCAUCCACGAGACUCUCCUCUACGAAGACAACGACAAGACGUGGGGCACAACACAAUACUGGCUCGGGUACUCGCACGCCUUAGAAUGGCUGAUGACGAUCCGCUACAAAGCCGCCUUCUACCGGGACAUUCUCGUGCAGCUGUCCUCCGAUUCCGGCAGUCCUAGCACCAGCAUGGCCGCCCGAGAUACCGUCCGUCGUUUUCGCACGAUCAACAGAUCCUUCGCUAUGCUCGAGCCCGUGGUCCAGAGCGUGAUAGGGGCCAAGUUCUAUUAUUUUAUCAACUUCAUCCAUACCUUCGGGUUAUGCACGGAAGUAGCACAACUGCCCGUAGCGUAUCCACUGGUCUCCAUUGCUAGGGUACUUCUCGAGGAGACGCAUAAUACUUGCUCGGCACCGCACCCUCCGCCAAUAUUGCCAGGUGGAUUUUGUGACGGUCAUCCCGGACCCGGAGAGAUUGGGGGAGCUUACGACCGACGCCGUCCGUCGUUUAGCUGCAAUGGUGUCGUCAAUGGUGGUGGUGUUCAACUUAGUGGUAGUCGAGCCACCGCUGCUGCCGAACAACAGGAGGGUUUUGUGUCAGCUGCCGGUCAUGAUGCCGAUUACUACCUCCUGUCUCACCCACCAAACGUGAACGUGAACAAUAGCAGCAGCGGCAGCAGUAGCAGCAGUCAGCUGAGCCAUCACCACCAUCACCACCACUCAGACGCAUCGGCAUCUGCCUCGGCAUCUGCCCCGGCAUCCGCAUCGAGGCGGCUCAUGUUGGACAGCACCACCCAAGACUUCAAAGAAUCCGCCGAGCGGUUUCUGAAAACGGUUCUGGAGCAGACGAUCAGAGACUUGGGUGUAUCCCAGUUCCUUCAGGAGUCUUCUCGCCUUACGCAACAAACCAUCAUCACCUGCCACCAUCGGAACAAGAAGAAGAACAACAACAUCGACAUCCCCAAAAGCUCCUCCAAGAAGCCACAAUCCACCUAG